ACGUCAUAAUCAUAUCGCCAUAUUUAGCUGCGCAGAUAGUACAAAGAAGACUUUUCUCUUUCAUUUUCACUUUCAAUUUAGUUUCUCCAGUUCUUUUGUUGUUACGAAUUUCUGAUAGAAGUUGGAGAACAGAUGAUGGCACAGAGCCCAGCCGGCAGUGCUGUGAAGGCUUUACAACUCGAACUGAAGAAAAUACAGGAAGAGCCUGUGGAAGGAUUUCGAGUAAAACUCAUUGACGAUGACAACUUGUUCGAGUGGGAAGUGGCAAUAUUUGGACCCCCAGGCACUCUUUACGAGGGGGGAUAUUUUAAGGCUCACAUGAAGUUUCCACAAGACUAUCCAUAUUCACCGCCAAGUGUCAGGUUUAUAUCCAAGAUGUGGCAUCCCAAUGUGUAUGAGAACGGUGAUGUGUGUAUCUCCAUCCUGCAUCCACCAGUAGAUGAUCCUCAAAGUGGAGAGCUGCCAUCAGAAAGAUGGAACCCAACACAGACUGUCAGAACUGUUCUGCUGAGUAUCAUCUCCCUGUUGAACGAGCCCAACACCUUCUCUCCCGCCAACGUCGAUGCCUCUGUCAUGUUUAGGAAAUGGAGGGAGUCAAAGGGCAAAGACAAGGAAUAUGAGAACAUCAUCAGAAAACAAGUGACAGCAACGCGGGAGGAUGCAGAGCGUGACAGUGUGCGUGUUCCCACCACACUGCAGGAAUACUGUGUUACAGCCAAGCCGGCCACCGACAAUGCUGUCGAUGUAGACUUCUACGAUGAUGAUUAUGUAGAUGAUAUGGACGAUGAAGAGGAAAUGUAUGAAGAUGAUGAUGAUGAUUCAGGAAAUGAAGAAUCCUGAUGUUAGUCUUCUAUGCAUGGCUGCAACUAUUACACUCACUGUUACACACUCAAAUACAAAAUUCUUCAAAUUCAAAAUUUGUUCAGGGGGCCAGGAACUCCAGGAAAUGUCUCUAGCGUUUUUUCAAGUGAACACAUGCUCUGCUAUGUGGCUUUGGUUUUGAGGUGUUCUUUAAUGCAUCUGGCACUGUGGUUAAGCUGAGGGAUGCAAUGCCGACUAUGAUGUUUGCAUCAGUUCCCAAGGCUGGACUAGGCCUGAUUAUACUGGGUUGUGAUCUUAGUCCAAGAGUGCUGGUGGUGUUUAGAUUAGUCAGUGGAGACAGGCAGAGAUGGAGCUUGUGUCAGCACCAUCAGGCUGUAGGGGUUGGGCAGCCACACUGACAACACUUUACUGAUUCUCAUGGUGCAAUAAUCCAAGUGCUUAUAAACAUACAAUCCAUUAAUUUAUCAAUGUUUAUUAAUUUGUUUUUGUUCCUUAAUUCCAAUUUCAAUAAUAAUAUGCUGUAAAUAGUUGUAGGUGCUGGUGUGAGAACCAGAGACUGAGACCUGUUUGGAUGCAAAUGUAGUUUCCUAUCUGCUGGUGUGGCUGCUCAGCCUAGUGUGGGUGGUGGAUGGGAACCCAGUAGCAUUGUACAACCAUUAGGAGACCAAACUUGACCACUUCAAAAGACAAAAACACGAAGAAUUUUUAUAUCUGACUAAGCCAUGGUGUGUGUUGCUCAAAGGGUUGAUUCAUGUUAUGAUAAAGGUUCUUGCCCUUCCCUUGUAAAAAAUAUCAGAAUGUAAAAAAUCCUAUUCUGACUUUGUAUACAUUGUACUUUUAUUAUGUGAAUCUAUCUUUAAAAAUUGAACAAAAAAAUGUUUUAUUGUAUAGAGGUGAGUUGGCCAUUGAGCAACUGGAAGUGUAGAUCGUAAGGUCGUUUGGUGUACAGUAGGUACAGGUGGUGCCACAUGGGUAAGUGUACAGUGUAUCCCUGCCACUUGUGCUUGUUCCAAAGCAUGCAUGUUAUUUGGAUGAAAAUUAAUUCUGUUGUGUAUGUGGGUGUGUGUCUGUAUGUAUCGGUAUGCAGGAGCGUGAAUGUGUUGUUAUCACUUGGUAUAAAUGUACAGUUUGUAAAUUCUACUAUUUAAUUUCCCCCUCUCUUGUGCCCUGUUCUCUCUUUUAGUUCUUAUUUCUUGGUUAUCCCCGUUCUAUAGCAGUCAGGGUUAUCCUUCACUUUUUAACAGACACAUGUUUGAUUUCCUGUGUUUAGAUCUGCGAAAGGUUUACUCUAUUUUUUCACCAUGCCUGAAUGUUCCAGUCCGAUUCACUCUGCAAUGUGGUUUUGAUGCAAAGGGAGUUAAUUCAUUGACCUUUGAUGGAGUUAUUUCCCUUUCAUCCUUUGUUAGCAAAAGCACAAAUGAGGGUAUUUAACAAGUGGUUUAGUGGCAUCGUCAACUCUGCAAUCAUGUAACACUGCCUGAUAUGACACAGGGUCUUACACUGUCAUGAUUAACUACACACAACAACCUCAUCAUCAGAUAGCUGUUUUAACACAUUGCAGCUCUUGAUCUACUAAAACAUUUGAAAAAUGUCUUCUUCUUAAAGAACAGGAUUUUCAAAGUUGUGCAGAUUAAGCCAAAGAUAACACUUGGCUUGUUUAUUAUAAACCUAUAUGUUUAAUGUAGCCACAUGAUCUCUACAUAGCAUAAGACUUCUUAACCUGUUCCAAUUGGACAAUCUCAUACUCCAUCAUUUGCUGUGUUGUAGUUGUCUUUCUCAACUGAAACGUUCAAUGUGCAUCACCUGGGAACUUUUUGGUGAUAAUAUGCAAAAUGUCCAGUUUCAGUCUCCAGGAAUGAUUGACCCCCAAGUUAAAAUUAUCUGUCAACGAAGUUGCCCUCCAAAACAUACUUACCCCAUAGUUUUCAUCUCAAUGUUACAUGGAUUUGAUGACUAUACCUGUCAGGUCCUGAUGAGUUUGGACUAUCAGAGGCAUUAAGCCUGGAGAAAUGUAGAUCUCUUAGAUAUUUUGUACAUGUAUAUUUAUAAUACUAUAAUAUGACAGACGUGAUCCUCAUUCACCAGGAAAUGAAGUCAUUUAAUUGGAAUCCUUAAUGCUUAAAAGAACUGAGUUUUGGAAUGCUUAAAAAAAUUACAUUUAGAUAAAAGAUCGUUACUCAACCAGACAAUGCUCAGGAUAUUGAGUUUAAAACCAAGUGAUAGAUCAUCCACUUGCCACCUACUAUGUUGGAACUUGCUUUCCCACCUUUUCAAGUUUGUCUUGUUAUAAUUUUGUUUCUAUUUAUCAUGUUUAUUAUGUCUUGUUUCAUGAUCCAUAUGUGUCAUCUCAUCUGUAUAGUAUGCUUGAGAGGGUUUGAUAUCAUCAAAUAAUAAACAUUUGAAUAAAAAAUGGUUAAUUAUUUAAGGUUUUCA